AUAAAAUCGCAAAGAAACCAGUAUCAUAUCCCUUUUAGGGCACUGGUUUGAGACCCAAAUAUUUCGUAAAAUAAAUAAAUCAAAUACCAUUUAAAAAAUAAAAACUUAAUUCGCAAAAAGUUGUUUUUUGUUUAUUUCGAAACCCGUUUAAAACGGCAACCCUGGCUAACAGCUGAUCGCGAUUUUUGUUGUUGCCCCCCGAAAAGUGCGGAAAAGUGCGAAAGACGCGGAAAAGCCCACACUGCAAAUAGAAAAAAAUCCACAAGAUAUUAACACGCCAGAAAGGAGAAAAUUAGCAGACUGGCGGCAAAGAAAGGAGAGUGACGACACGAAGACUGCAGUUGGGGGACCGAAAUUCGUAUUGAUUUUCUUGUGUUUUUGGUGUGUGCGCGAAAGGGCAACAACAAAGGCGAAUCAACCACUUUGGAGACAGCCACUCCACCUUGCUGGGCGACGAUAAUCAUCAUCAACAAUCGCAGCAGCUUGUAUCAACAAUGUAGACAAGUUAGCUAGCUAGUGUAGUUGUAGUUAUUAAUCAAGUGAGAGCGAGAGAGGGAGAGGGAGAGCGAGAGCAGGAGGCGUCGCAGCAGCAGCCCCCCAAAACAACAACAAAAGCGAAAGUUUCAGUGUCGCGAGUGUGCGUUUGUGUGCAAAAAUGGUGGAUAUGAAAAUAUAAGCAGUAAUAAAUGCAAAUUUGCCCCAAAAUGUCCCCAAGUCAGUAAGACUUUUGGUUUCAUCACACGCUGGAGGAGGGAGUGGCCGUGUUGGUAAUAUUGUAUAUUGGAAACCAAGCAGCAAACAAAAAUGUGGAUACCAUCGAACAACAAAUACGGUGUUGCCGUCCACAACUGGCAUGGCGAUGUCCGCUUUGGCCUGGCCCUCGAUGUGGGCGAUUCCGUGGACAUUGUGGAGGAAUGCAGCCACUGGUAUCGCGGCUCCUGUCCCCGAAAAUCCCGUACCGUUGGCAUCUUUCCCAAGACCUAUGUCAACAUCAAGGACCUGACCAAAAUCGAUCCAGUUGUGGCCGAAUGCACCCAAGUCCUGCGCGAAUGGUCAGAGAUCUGGAAGCGUCUCUUUGUGGAUCGGGAGACGUACAAGUUCCAAACCCUGCGAAAGGUCAUGUUUUCCAUAUUGGAGAGUCGCCGAGAGCUCCUAAGUGCCACCAUGACUCAGGAUCAGACUUUAGAGCUUCAAAUGGUUGUGGUUUCAAAAAUCGAUUGGGGAAAUCGUAAACUGGGUCUGGAUCUGGUGCCCAGGGAGGGCCCAUUGGCGGUGGAUCCGCACAGCAUUGGGAUUGUCAAGCUCUACAAUGUGCACGUGAGCAGUGCCGACAACGCCAAGGCCUCCUCGAGUCGAGGGACGCUCCGGAGGAAGACCCAGCGGAAGAUCCUCUCCCAUCAUCUGUACUUUUGCAUGCGGGACUUUGGCCAUCGGAUCGGUGGCGAUGAUGCAGAGGUCUACUUCUUUCUCUACGAUGGCACGCACAUGCGACCGCUGUCGGAACGGUUUCUGGUCAAGAUCUCCAAAGAUGGUUUCUCCAACUACAUCGAAAAGUUGCACAGCAAUUGCACGGUGUUCACAGACUUGGGUGCCGCCGAUCUCAACGAGGAUCUGCAUCUGGUGGCCGUGGUGAUGCGCGUGGGCAAGAUUAUCCAAUCGGACUCCAUCAAGAAGAUCGAGAAGAGCGGCACGCUCGGACAUGGUCCGACUUUCCGGCGACCCUUUGGAGUGGGAGUGCUUUCGCUGGCAGACAUCGCCCACUUUGACAGCAGCUUGGAGCAGUCCUCCGACGAACGGGAGUACAACUUCAAGCUGUUCCAGAGCGAGGAGAAGGACUUCCAUCUGCUGCCCGAGCUGAUCAUUAAGAAGUCCAGCGGCAAGUACUCACCCAUCCAGACGACUCAGGGUACCCAGGGCAUUGUGGUGUCACUGAAGCUGCUGCACGGCGGGCUGGGGCAGGCGCGACAGGAGCAACCUCUGCUCUUCCAGGGCUCCACGAUCACCCGGAAGAUGGGCUUCCCCGACGUUAUCAUGCCCGGCGAUGUCCGCAACGAUCUCUUCUUAACCCUGGAACGCGGGGAGUUUGAGCGCGGAGGAAAGAACACCGGAAAGAACAUCCUGGUGACCGUUGUGGUCUUGGAUGUGGCGGGCAACGUUCUCUCCGACUGUCUGUGGGGCGCCUCGGGAAUGGAAUCGCAGUCGCAAUACCGCUCCAUGAUCCUCUACCACCAGAAUGCUCCCAGCUGGAACGAGAUGCUGCGCCUGAGCGUUCCCAUUGAGAAGUUUGCCACGGCCCAUGUGCGAUUCGAGUUCCGGCACUGCUCCACGAGGGACAAAACGGAGCCGAAACUGUUCGCCUUCAGCUUUGCCCGGCUGAUGGACAUGGGAGGCGCCACACUGAGUGAUGGCCAGCACGAGCUGUAUGUGUACAAGUGCGAGGAUCCCGCCAAGCUACAGGCAGCCAACUACCUGCGGUUACAGUGCCGCCCGCGGGAUGCCCAGGCGAAGAUGGACUGCGGCGGCUGUUUCAGUCGCAGCUCCAAGGAGGUGUUCGUCCUACGCUCCCUGCUGUGCUCCACAAAGCUCACUCAGAACGCCGAUCUGCUCUCGCUGCUCCAAUGGAGGACACACCCGGAAACGAUACAGGACUCCCUCACGGGAGUGCUGCGGCUGAACGACGAGGAGCUGGUCAAGUUCCUGCAGGACGUGCUGGACGCCCUGUUCGCCAUGUUCUCGAACGAGGAGGGCAACAGCACCCAGCACUCGGGUCUGGUCUUCCACGUCCUGGUCAGCAUCUUUAGUCUGCUGCAGAGCAACAAGUUCCAGCACUUCCGGCCGGUGAUGAACGAGUACAUCGAGAAUCACUUCGCGGCCGCGUUGGUUUACAAGGGACUCAUCACCUCCGUGGAGCACAUGGCUGUCUUCAUGACCAAGGCAGAGCACCCGGACCCUUUUCAAAAGUGCUUCGGUUCGCUGGAAUACAUCUUUAAGCUGCUGAUCCAGUCCAGGAAGCUCUUUGCCCGAGCCACUGGUGGGCAGUACGAGGACUCGUUCCGGCGCGAUCUCCACUCCCUGUUCACUGCCCUCAAUGGAAUGCUGGCCGUUCCCUCCUACGAUGUCAUCAUUCCCACCCAGGAGGCGUUGUUGAACUCCACGGGUGUGGUCUUGGAGCAGCUGAAGGACACCCUGCCGGCGCCGGAGCUGGGAAUGUUGGCCCGCAACAUGCUGGAUGCCAUUCCGAGAGGAGCACCCAUUCGUUUGAUUCAGGCCAAGCUGCACGCAGUCAAGGAUUUGGUGUCUGGGGAGCUAUUCCACGAAGACGAUUCCCGGACUGUGGUGCUGUCGGUGGCGUGCAAGCACUUGCGCAUGCAUCUGGGACGACGCGAUGAGCUGCGCUUGUGCGCCGAAAUUCUUUCGGAGAUUCUCAGCCAGCUUCACGAACUGCAGAAGGAACAGCGCGACAAGGUAACCAAUACCCUGCAGCACGAUCUUGACUCGCUGUGCAAGAACAUCCUGGGCAUCUUGAUCCGUACGAUCAGUAUUAUUAUGGAGGGCUCCAAUGCCGUGCUGCCGCAGCUGGUGGCCUGCCUGCUGGGACUGCUGCAGCUCCUCGACGAGACCCACUACAAGCGCUAUUGGGACGAGCUGAGUCCCAACAAGGACCCGCGCGAUCUGAAGGAGUUCCUCAGCAAGUCCCUGCAGGUGUAUGAAGACCUGCUGGCCCAGGACUGGCAUGUCUUCCCCAACGACUGGCUGGUCAUGAAGCUGGCCGCCAACGAUGUGCUGCGCAUGUCGCUGGAGGAGUUUGCCAAGCCGCUGGUCUAUCGGUUUCUGGGUCCACAGGCCUUCGACUCUCAGCUGUGGUGGUGCUACUUCAGCCUGGCGGUCUCCUUCCUCACCCAGCCGUCCCUCCAGCUGGAGCAGUACAGGGAGCCCAAGCGGCUCAAGAUACUCCAUUCGCAUGGCGAUAUGCGGGUGCUAAUGGGCUUCCAAAUACUCAGCAUGUGGUCGCAGCUGGGCGAGCAGAAGCUGCACUUUAUACCGUCGAUGGUGGGACCCUUCCUGGAGGUUACGUUGGUGCCAGAGCCCGCCUUGAGGAAGGCGACUCUCUCUGUGUUCUACGACAUGAUGCAGUGCGAGCAGGCCGCUCGAGGCUCCUUCCGGCUGGUGGAGAGCGAACUGAUCGACAAGCUGGAUCUGCUGAUCAGCGGGAACAAGGGCGACGACGAGUACAGGGAGCUGUUCAGCACCAUGGAGCAUCUGAGCUUGGUCUUGCUGGAGAAGGUAAAGGUUGAGAACCCCAAUUGGAAGGAGGCGGGCAUUGCCUUCAUUGGUUCUGUCACCCGGCUGCUGGAACGACUGCUGGACUAUCGCAGUGUGAUGCAGGGCGAGGAGAACCGGGAUAAACGCAUGACCUGCACAGUCAACCUCCUCAACUUUUACAAAAACGAAAUCAAUCGCAAGGAGAUGUAUCUUAGAUACAUCUACAAGCUGCACGAUCUACACCUUCAAGCCGAGAACUACACAGAGGCGGGCUUCACCCUCAAGCUAUAUGCCUCCAUGCUGAGUUGGGAUCGGGAGACCCAAAGCAUUGUUCCUUUCGACAGCAGCGGCCAACCCGAGUGGCAACGCAAAGAGCAACUCUAUCACGAGAUCCUCAAAUACUUCGACAAGGGAAAGUGCUGGGAAAAGGGCAUACCCCUGUGCAAGGAACUGGCCCAGCUCUAUGAAACCCGUCGCUUCGACUACAACAAGUUAAGUGAGAUUCUCAUUCAAGAAGCCAAGUUCUUCCAGAAUAUCCUGACGCAGUUGCGCCCAGAGCCAGAAUACUUCCGGGUAGGAUUCUAUGGGAUGGGUUUGCCGCUCUUUGUGAGGAACAAGCAAUUCGUUUAUCGGGGACUGGAGUACGAGCGAAUAGGAGCUUUUACGCAGCGGCUGCAGACAGAGUUUCCCAGCGCCCAGAUCCUGAGCAACAACAGUCCCCCGGAUAGUGCCAUCCUCAACGCCCCCGAUCAGUACAUACAGAUCAGCAAUGUGAGACCGGUGGGCGAUGCUCAGGCUCUGAAAACGGCAAUGGUGCCAGUGCCUGAGAAAAUCGCUAGGUUCUACGAUGUCAAUGACGUUACGCGGUUCAUCUACGAUCGGCCCAUGUACAAGGGACCCGUCGACAAGGACAAUGAGUUUAAGUCGCUGUGGAUAGAGCGCACCAUUCUGGACAUAGCCAGCCCACUGCCCGGCAUUCUCCGCUGGUUCGAGGUCAAGCACAAGUCCAUGCUGGAGCUGACGCCGGUGGAGUAUGCCUGCGAGAUCAUCAGCAACGCGGGCAAGGAGCUGGCCGAGCUCAUUGUCCAAUAUAAGCGUGAUCCCAAGCGCAACAUUAAUCCGUUUUCCAUGCGCCUGCAGGGCACCAUCGAUGCGAAUGUAAUGGGUGGCAUUAGCAAGUACCAGGAGGCCUUCUUCUCGGAGCAGUUCCUGAAAUCGCCGCAAGGUGCUGGCCAGCAGGCAAACGUGCAGCGCCUGAAGACCCUGAUACUGGAGCAGAUACAGAUCCUGGAGCAGGCCCUGGAGCUGCAUGGCCAGCUGGCGCCCACGGGUGUCCAGCCACUGCACAACCGACUUUUGGAGCGCUUCUCGCAGCUGAAGCAGAGUCUGUCGGGCAGGCUUAAGCGCCAGCACUCGGAGAGCAUUGUGAACACACCACUGCCUCCGCUGCCCACAGAGCAGCGAGUGGCUCAGGCCAGCACAUCCUCCAGCGUGAAUGCGCAACCCAUUGGCAACUAUGUCUACGACCUGGACGAGAUCUAUACGAAACCAGGAGACACCGUGCGUCCCGUGGAUCCUCUCAGCUCAUAUCAGACACUAAGCAAGGAGAGCCUCACAAUUCCUCUGGAGGAGAGUGCCGCCCCUCCAGUGCCGAACCGUCCGCGGUCCCAGAACUUCAUCGCCAACGGGUCCAUGGACAGUCCAGAAGUUCCUCCCAAGCGUCAGCCUGCGGCGAACUCUCCAAAUGCUCCUCCAUUGCCCCCCAGGGGAAUAACGCCCGAUAAGCGAGCCUCGAACCCAAUGAUCUUCAAUGACUUUGGCAAUGGAGAUGCCGUUGGCCGCCGCCACUCGUCCCAGCAGCAGCAACACGGUCAGAAAUACUCAGUGGUGGACAUUAGCUAUGAUGAUCCGGAGGCGGAUCAGCAGCCGCAUUCGUUGCCUCCGAACUUCCAGGAUGCCAGCGGUGGGCACUUGAGCGUCUGCUUUGCCCCCAACGAUUUUCGCGACUCGGGAAUUUCCACGACCAGCUCCAGGGAGCUGAACCACAUGAAUCUCAAUAACCUGGGAGACGAUCAAUCGACGAUUUCGGUGCACCAUCGGGAGCACUGUCGCAUCAGCAGCAACGGCAGCCUGGACAUGCACGUCGGCGUCUCGAUGAACAUCACCCAGCGGGAGAGCUCGACGAGUUCCUUUGACGUGGAGGAUCUGCCGGUGCCGCCGCCGCCCAUUCCGCCCAAGUCCCUGGCCGUGACGAGCAACGGUGUCAGCUUUGCUGGAAUCGACGAAGCACACUCACCCAAUCCAACCAGCACACAGUUCAACCACAGUCAGAAUCAAACCCAGAAUCAUUCCAUAAACAAUCAUUUGGGCCAGGAGCAGCAAAACGGCGUAGAAGAUGGCUACAGCUUGCUCCAGCACCCGGUCAAUGGGCUGGCCACUCUUCCGCCUCAGCCUGCUGCUGUCGAGGCCGCAUCAUCCACAUCCGCCGUUGCAUCCUCAUCUAGUCACCAGCACGAUGGCGGCACUUUUUGAGUUACA